ACAGUCUGUAAGGCGUGUGCACGCCACAGACACGUGAACUGACCAUAUCCUAAUGCACUAUUUACUACAGCAUGGUAUCACCUUCCUUCAUACAUGCAUUCUAAACUGUUAAUAAAGGAAGCAUUCAUGACCUCCCCCAGCUAUACCAUUGUGGGGAACUUGUACACGGGUUUACCCGCCUUUUCCAGUGCGCUAGUCAUGUGGCAGAGUCUUGCAAUUGUUGUCGCUGUGAAGAGGUAGUGGUUAGCACGUAGCCAGCUAUCUCCUUGACACAGCAAGACGCAUUUAAAAAAAAAAAAAAAAGGCGCUAACUGUUUAUAUUUAACUAGCUGGCUAAAUACAAAAUGACCACGAAGAAAAAACGCACACCCCAUUCACAGAACGACAGAUGGGUCGUUAUUGCUGCAGAUUCCGCCGUGGAACCUGCGAAGAAGGAGGACAGUGACCCCACUUUCGUCAGGCUCAGAAACCCUUCGACAGAUGCAGCGUCUCUCUACCUUUUGGGCAGUGGUGAUGGGCAGCUAUACGAGGUCAAAGCGUUCAAUGAGGAUUUCCACUCCUGGUUCAUUGGCCAGACCGUACAGAGAGAUGGGAGGCUUUUGUUUGUUACUCCCAUGGACCCCCUUUACCUCCUUUUGCCUUACUUGAUUAAAGCCAGUAAAGAGGGAAAAUUCCAGCCUGUGGAACAGGUGGUGAUGGACGAGGACUUCCCAGCAUGCACCAGGCUGCUGAGCUGCACACGCGCUCUGGCCUCCCUGCACCAUGUGGCUGAGGAGAAAGAUGUAGGGAGGCAGAAGUUUCACCGCUACAGCCAGCAGAGGACCUUGGAUUGGUUACAAAAAAAGGCUGAGCGGACCGUCAAGGCCCUCAGGAAGCGUGACCUCUCUGUGGGAGAAGGUGUGAAGUCCAGCACGUAUGUCCGGGUCAAGCAUGAGCCAGAAGCGCAGGCAGAGGACUUCCUGCGCUACGCCCAUGGGCUGCUAUCGGAGUACAUCAGUGAAGACCUGAGCAGAGCGCUCCACAAGCAUCUGCAGUUACCUGAAAUCUCAAUUCCCAAGGCUGCAGAGCCUCCUUCAAAGAAACGGAAACUGUCAGACCAACCGGUGGAGGCAGGCGAUGACUACACCAAAUUCAACAGCCAUGAUUUCGCCCGGAAACCACCCAAGAAGAUGAGUGCAGCUCAGAAGACCCUGGCAAAGGUAGACAAAACCGGGAUGAAGAGCAUGUCUGCCUUCUUCAGCCCCAAGGGCAAAGCGGAAAAAAAAUGAGUCUUCGGAUGAUGUCAGGGAAACUGUUUGCAUUUUGCGCUUUUGAUAUAAAUAAAAAAUAAAUUCAA